AAAUUAAAAAGUUAUCUAGAGAGUAGGUCAGAGUUAUCCUUGAGCUUUCUUAGGCAAGUGCUUAGGACACACUUAAUAGAGAAAGUUGCAACAGAACUCUAUCAUGCUUUGACACAUGCAGUACAAGAUCCCAGAGAAACUCCUGUUCAGUUUCUUAUACGCACCAUGGACCUUAGACAAAAAGUGUUGACUGCUUCUAAUAGAGCCAAAGCUGGACUUAAAUACAAUCCUGAGCUCGUGCAGACACAGUUUUUGCAAACUAUUCUGACUGGAUUACAAGAUGAUGCUGUAAAAGUGGACAUUAAACCGUACUUGCAGGACGCUACUGUUAGUAAUGAAGUGCUGCUUGAGAAAAUGAGCGCUGCCUACAGUGUUGAACUCGAAAGAAGGAAUAAACUUUCAACCAGACAAAAGAGCAUCAAAGUGGCCUCAGUUCAAGGAGAGGAUAACUGCAAAAAUGAAAAUACUGGAAGCUCAAAGAAAAGCAAAAACCAGACAGAAAAGCCAAACCCAAUUGUGGAAAAGCUGGAAGCUAAUAACAAGGUUAUUUGUGAGGCUAUCCAAAAUCUUUCAACACAAGUUGCUAAUUUGACUCAGGCAAAGAUGAAAACUGAAGACAAAAACAUAAGAAGUAAACCAUAUUAUUCAAGUGCUACCAGAAAGAGCCCCAGAAAAUGUCGUCAAUGUGAACAGUCAAACCCAGAAGGAAAAUGUACACACUGUUUUAAAUGUGGAAGCAGUGAACAUUGGGCUGUUGGUUGUCGGAAAAAGAAAGACUCAACAGUUAAUGUCAAUAAAAUUGAAGUACAUAUUGCAAAUGUUAUUGACAGUGUUGUUCCACAAAAGGACAUGUCUUUGUCAAAAAAACAGGAGAAGACAGCAAAACUAAUAGGACGCAGAAACCUUGUCCAGUGCAACAUUGGAGGAGUUCCAGUCACAGCUCUUUGGGACACCGGAUCACAAGUUUCAAUUGUGGAUCUAAAUUGGAAAAGAGAACAUCUAGCAGACGCCCACUUUCGAUCAGUGAGUGAACUUCUUGAGGAAGGUAUGUUAGAUCUUUCUGCAGCAAAUGGGACUGAGAUACCUUAUGAGGGUUGGGUAGGAGUUGAGUUUAGCCUUACAGAGAACAGAGACAGUGAACUGUUAGUACCAUUUCUUGUAAGCUCUCAGCCAAUGGUCAAGCCAAUAGUCGGUUUCAAUGAGCAGCUGAAGCAGCGCGUCGAGAGCUAUUAA